AUGAUUGUACAAAGAGUAGUAUUGAAUUCCAGACCUGGAAAAAAUGGUCAUCCAGUGGCAGAAAAUUUCCGAGUAGAAGAAGUAAACUUACCAGAUUGUGUCAAUGAAGGACAAGUACAAGUCAGAACUCUUUAUCUUUCCGUGGAUCCUUACAUGCGUUGUAGAAUGAAUGAAGACACUGGCAGUGACUAUAUAACACCUUGGCAGCUGUCUCAGGUGGUUGAUGGUGGAGGUGUUGGGAUUAUAGAAGAAAGCAAACACACAAAUUUUAUGAAAGGCGAUUUUGUGACUUCCUUCUAUUGGCCCUGGCAAACCAAGGUUAUUCUGGAUGGAAAUAUCCUUGAAAAGGUAGACCCACAGCUUGUGAAUGGACACCUUUCAUACUUUCUUGGAGCUAUAGGGAUGCCUGGUUUGACCUCCUUGAUUGGGGUACAGGAAAAAGGUCAUAUAACUGCUGGAUCUAAUCAGACAAUGGUUGUUAGUGGGGCUGCUGGUGCUUGUGGAUCCUUGGCUGGGCAGAUUGGCCAUUUGCUGGGCUGUUCCAGAGUCGUGGGAAUUUGUGGAACACCUGAGAAGUGCCUCUUUUUGACCUCAGAAUUGGGCUUCGAUGCUGCAAUUAAUUAUAAAGAGGGGAAUGUUGCAGAACAACUCCAUAAAUUAUGCCCAGCUGGAGUGGAUGUUUACUUCGACAAUGUUGGCGGUGACAUCAGUGAUACAGUGAUAAGUCAGAUGAAUCAGAACAGCCACAUCAUCCUAUGUGGUCAAAUUUCUCAGUACAACAAAGAUGUGCCUUAUCCUCCACCACUACCUCCUGCUAUAGAAGCAAUCCAAAAAGAAAGAAACAUCACAAGAGAAAGAUUUCUGGUGUUAAAUUAUAAGGAUAAAUUUGAGUCUGGUAUUCUCCAGCUGAGUCAAUGGUUUAAAGAAGGAAAGCUAAAGAUCAAAGAGACUAUGAUAAAUGGAUUGGAAAACAUGGGAGCUGCAUUCCAGUCCAUGAUGACAGGAGGUGACAUUGAUUACCCACCCAGCACAGCAUCUUACAGGAAAAUAAUAGCCCUUCCUAGAGGAAUAUGA